AUGAAUUUGGGUAGUGGAGAUGGGGAUGCUAUCGCUAGCGAGCUCCUUCGAGCUCAAGCCCACAUAUGGAACCACACAUAUAGCUUCAUCAACUCAAUGUGCCUAAAGUGUGCCAUUGAACUAGGCAUACCUGACCUAAUCUAUCACCAUGGCCGACCCAUGACCCUCCUCGAACUCGUCUCUGCGCUCCAUAUUCAACCCACCAAAGCUCACUACAUCUAUCGCCUCAUGCGCAUCCUACUCCUCUCCGGCUUAUUCGAGCUACGGAACCUUGAAGAAGCAGAUCCCCAAAUUGGGUAUGCGCUCAACUGUGCGUCCCGGCUCCUUGUGAAGCACAACCCCUCGAGUGUAGCACUGUUUGCGCUGAUCACACUCGAAGCUUUCUCUAUAAGCCAGUUUCAGUUCAUGAGCGCGUGGUUGAGGGACGGAGAAGGUGUCCAUCCAUCAACAUUCGAGAUGGCGCAUGGCGUAACCGCGUGGGAGUUCGCAAGGCGCAAUCCUGAGGCCAACGGCUUGUUCAACGAGGCUAUGGCGUGCGACUCGAGUCUAAUGGCGAAGGUGGUGGUGGAUACAUGUGGGGGAGUGUUCGAGGGGCUGAGCUCGGUGGUCGACGUUGGAGGUGGGACUGGGACGAUGGCUAAGGCCAUCACGGAGGCGUUCCCGCACUUGGAGUGCACGGUGUUCGAUCAGCCACACGUGGUGGAAGGUUUGGUUGGAAGUGGGAGUCUGAAGUUUGUCGGUGGCGACAUGUUUGUGGAGAUUCCCCCGGCGGACGCAAUCUUUAUCAAGUGGGUAUUGCACGACUGGAGCGAUGAAAAAUGCAUUGACAUACUGAAGCGAAGCAAAGAAGCAGCGACCGGUCGAGGUAAGGCUGGAAAAGUGAUUGUGAUCGAUAUGGUAGUAGGGAAUCAUACAGAAGAUCAUACAUCCACCGAAACGCAACUCUUCUUUGACCUGUAUGUGAUGGUGACCCUCAAUGGGAAAGAAAGGGAUGAAAAGGAAUGGGAAAAGCUGUUUGUUGAUGCUGGCUUUAGUGGCUACAAGAUUGUCUCUCGCUUGGGCCUUCGUUCCCUCAUUGAGAUUUAUCCUUGA